UACGAAACGUCGAGACCGACAGGUCCAACCCUACUUCAACGAAAACAUCCCCCCAGGCGCCCAACAUAGGUCCUCAUACAUCACCAGUUGCGCCGCUCCCGAUAUCGACCCAUACCGAAAACCGUACUGCUUGCGACGAAAACGACGACAACCUUGAUACAAGCCCAGCCACAAACAACGUCCGCUCUCCCCACUUCACCACCACGACGUCGUCGCCACCAUCCCGCGAUCCCUCCCCGUCGAGGGACGACGUGGUGACCGAAGAUCCGGUCGACUCCAAUUCGAUUCCGCUUGCCAAUCUUCAACCUGUCGCCUCUAAUCCGCCAUCACGACGGCCCGAUAACGCCCCGUCUCCUCGUGAGGCACCGGGUCAGCCGACGAGGACUCAGUCUCCCGAAUCCGAACCCAAGGGGUCUGAACCCCUCGCAUCCUCGUCCAUGUCUUUUUUGACCAAGAACAUUUGGCCCAAAGAUGGGAGGAAUCGCUCUCAUGUUCCGGCCAUGCCGGUUUGGAUCGCAGGCGUCAGGAUUCUACAGCUCGUAAGGACACCACUUUCCGGCCCAGCUACACCAACAAGAUCGGUUCCCGUCCUCGCCAUUGCGACGCUGGGGAUAACAGUUUUUGGGCUCACCACUAUGCAGAAAGCCACGGGCUAUCGCAGAAUAACGUCCUUCAGCGGUACAGAGGGUUUCCCAUUCUCAUGGUUCGCUUUCGCCUGGACCUUCUCCUAUCUGACAUGGCUCGGAGUAGCCGUCAUGUUCAUUCCCGUCAUGUACAACUGCUGGGUGCAUCUGGGCCUUGAGCUACUCACCGUCGUCUUCUGGUUGAUCACCAUGGCCCUGCUUGCCAGUCAUGCAGAUGAUCUCGACUCCCUCGAUGCCUUCAUCGUGACGUUCGGUCCCAAGUAUGAAGUGUACUAUAAGAUGAACGUCGAGCCGUUUGCGGAUGGCUUCGUAGCCGCAACGUUUGCCGGGACAGCUACCUCCGUUGUCAACUUUGUGCUCUUUAUCGUCACCAUCAGUGUCUUUGGCCGCGCUCUUCAUGCGCUACGUAAAGCGAACUUGGAAAAGGCACCCAGCACUACCGAUUCGCAAAAGACUAUUCAGGCUGAAGGGGACAAGAUGGUAGCCUCUCCGCAAAUGACUUCCGCCGUCCCGACGUACAUCCACUGGAACCACCAAUACCCACCUCCUCAACACCCCCACGCAUACGCCUACUACGGCCAGCCGUACGCACAAUCACCACACUCGCAAACGAACCCGUCUCCACCGAACUCUGUGCCGCCGCAUGGCUUCCAACCGGCGUAUUUCCCCGGCAGCAAUUGGCCACCACAGCCUCCUCAACAACAGCCGCCCCCCGAAGGCGGCGUCUGGCCGGCCCAGAACUACGGAAUGUACCAGCAGCAGGUGCCCAUCGGACCUCAGCACACGGGUCAGUCUGGCAGCAUGAUGGGCUCCCCCCAGUUCCCCAUGGUUCAACCCAUGCCGGCCAGCAAGGCGGAUCUACCAGGGGUUUACCCAACACCACCACCGGGCAGUGCAACUGUAGGACCCGGAUACCCGCCGCAGCAACCACCACCUCCGCUAGCACCGGUGCCCGGCACCAUACACUCGCCGGUAGAAUUGAAUGAUGGACUAGGGGAGGAGAAUAUGCCGGCAGAGCUACCAAGCAACCCUCCAAGGUCGCCCAGAUGAGCACGUUUGCCAUUUACACCAAAACCAAGAAAGCGGAUGUCGCUUUUGGGAGAUAUACAGGGUAUACGGAGUCAUGAUUUUCAAGGACAAGUUUUCCGGCGUAU